AUGUUUCAUUUUCCACUACCAACAGACAAAAUACUACCCGAAAAAAUUGAAUGCAAAUCACCACAAUUCAAUCGUAUCAAUCAAACAAUUCUUGAUUGCAUUAAAGGAUCACUUGUUGGUCUAGUGGUAGGUGAUAUGGUGGAGGCUAGUACUGAAUAUGUACAUGAUUCACCACUUGGCAAUAGAUCUACAAGAAAACGGAAUCUUGAGUUAGGUCAAUGGACUGGGAGCACAUCAAUGGCGAUAUGUCUUGCGUCUUCUCUCAUAACUCAACGUACAUUUAAUCCCUACGAUCAAUUAGUUCGUUACAAAUGGUGGUAUAAAUAUGGAUACUUGUCACCGACAGGGAACUGCUUCGAUAUUGACAAUGUCAUGCGUGAUUCACUCGAUGAAUUUUGUCGUCGCCAGACUGAUUUGAACGUUUUUUAUGGAUAUCUUACAGAGGAUAAACUCGACAGUUUACCGAAUGACGAAAUUGUUCGAUCAGCAGGAUUUGAUCUGAAUUGUAGCCGACAAGGUGUUCACGGAAGUGCAGCUCUUGUACGCCUUGCUCCUAUCCCGCUACUAUAUUAUCGAACACCAGCUGUGGCCGUUGAACUUUCAGGAUUAUCGGCACGUCUUACUCAUGGUGAUGAUAGAAUAGUUGAUGUAUGCAGAUAUUUUGGGGCACUGAUGACUGCUGCUAUUCGUGGCGAGUCCAAAGAAGCAUUACUUAGUCAUCGAUUUUAUGAUGAUCAUCGAGAUUGGUUUGAUUGGAAAGAUAUUCAUCCAAGCAUACGUUCUGUUGUGCUUGGAUCUUAUAAACAAAGAUUCGAUCCUAGAAAUGGUGUUCGUCCUACAAAUGAUAUCAUUGAGACGCUCGAAACAGUUUUGUAUACAUUCUGGACUGAUUGCAAUUCUUUUCAAAAAGGCCUACUUGAUUCCAUUAGUCUUAAUCCUAAUAUGAAAAACAUAGCAGCUAUCUAUGGUCAACUUGCAGGUGCCUAUUAUGGUUAUAAUCGCAUUCCAACGCAAUGGAUACAGCAGAUGUAUGCACAGAAAUUAAUCCUGAACACUGCUGAGUGGUUGUAUUUUCUGUCAGAUCGUACUACGUUCGGUCUUGGAAAAUCGAACGAAAUUCAAAAAAGCGUGAUAUCUCCAUCGAGAUGGCAAUCAUCGAACCUUGUCGAAGUUGUUACACAAAAACAUAUUCAUCCAAAGAUGAUCAUUGACAAGGUGGAAAAGCAACAUGAUUCUAGCUAUGUUAUUCUUCCGAAGUUGAUGAGAACUGCUGUUUCUACUCCGAAAAGCUUCCAUCGAAAAAAGUACACCCCUAUUCAUGUUUCACCGUGGGAUUGGUUCCGACCAGCAAAUCGGUGA